CCCCGUGUGUGGCGGGCCCGACCUUCCUACCCGUCGUCCCCGGGAGCUUGGCGCCCGGCCGGGGACCGCACCGCCCGGGGCCGGGGAGCGCGGCCGAGGCGCGGUGAUCGGCAUGUGCUAGCCUAAAAGGGAACGUGCCCGGCGAAGUUUUCCUGAGGAAGGUCAUCCCCGAGCUGAGUCACAGCUACCUCCCUAAGCAAAGACUUGAGCACCUGUGAGGUUUGAGGCGUGGCACGGCUCCACUUCUGAAAGGUGGAGAUGUCUCCAUUGUAUAGAGGAGAGCCUCGUUGAGGGAGAUGAAUUGACUUGCCAAGGUCAUGUAGCCCGUGACGGGGGGGCUCCGAGUGUCUGUCCGCAUCUGUGUGAAAACCUGAAGAAAUCCCCAGUUGGGCAUCCAAAGCGCCUACCCUGUUCUUUCUGCAUCUUGAAUCGAGCAUUAACAGGACACUCUAAGGUCUGAAGGGGAAAUAAAAGCUCUGCCUGCAGUCGAACACAAAGACCCGGAGGAGACUCCCACGUCGUUCGGGGAGAAGAAAGGAGGCGGCCGGGCGCAUCAGAGGAACUCGUGGCUCGUGGCCUUCCGGAGAGGGGGGCGAGCGGAUCGGAGGCGGGGGGCGCGGGGGGCGGUCGGCGAGCCGUGAGAUGAGGCGCCGCCGCCGCUGCUGCUGCUGCUGCUGCUGACGACUCCCAGACCCCAGGCUCCGUGCGCCGCCCUGCGUGCUUCAUGUACAUGUGUCUGCCCCGCGCACCCGGAGGCGCCCAGACGAGAAUCCAACACGGCUGCCGGGGAGAGGCCACCCACCAUGCCCACGGAGACGCUCCAGACAGGUAGCAUGGUGAAGCCGGUCAGCCCCGCGGGCACCUUCACCUCGGCCGUGCCCCUGCGCAUCCUCAACAAAGGCCCCGACUACUUCCGCAGGCAGGCCGAGCCCAACCCCAAGAGACUCAGCGCCGUGGAGAGGCUGGAGGCCGACAAGGCCAAGUACGUCAAGAGCCAGGAGGUCAUCAACGCCAAGCAGGAGCCCGUGAAGCCGGCCGUGCUGGCCAAGCCGCCCGUGUGCCCCGCCGCCAAGCGCGCCCUGGGCAGCCCGACGCUCCGCGUGUUCGGCGGCCACGCCAAGACCGAGAGCGGCGUGCAGAGGGAGACCCUGAAGCUCGAGAUCCUGAAGAACAUCAUCAACAGCUCGGAGGGCUCCAGCUCGGGCUCGGGGCACAAGCACAGCGCCCGGAACUGGCCGCCCCACCGGCCGGACUCCGCCGACCUGCAGCGGCACUCGUUCGCCGAGUCCCUGAAGGUGUACCCCACGCAGGGCCGCGGCAGCCCGCAGGAGGGCGGCUCCCACGGGGGCCGGCGGCUGCUGGAGCCGGCGGCCGAGUCCUUCCUCCACGUCUCGCACAGCUCCUCGGACAUCCGCAGGGUGACCAGCGCGAAGCCCUUGAAAGCGAUCCCCUGCAGCAGCUCCGCGCCCCCCCUGCCUCCCAAGCCCAAGGUCGCGGCCGCGGCCACCGCGAAGUCCCCCGAGGCCGACGCGGUGGAACCGGCCUGCGGCGUCAGCCGGAGGCCCUCGCUCCAGCGGUCCAAGUCGGACUUGAGCGACCGGUAUUUCCGGGUGGACGCGGACGUGGAGAGGUUCUUCAACUACUGCGGACUGGACCCCGAGGAGCUGGAGAACCUCGGCAUGGAAAACUUUGCCCGGGCCAACUCCGACAUCAUAUCCCUCAACUUCCGCAGCGCAAGCAUGAUCAGCUCAGACUGCGAACAGUCUCAGGACAGUAACAGUGACCUUAGGAAUGACGACAGUGCCAAUGACCGGGUGCCAUACGGCAUCUCUGCCAUCGAAAGAAACGCGAGGAUCAUCAAGUGGUUGUAUAGCAUCAAACAAGCCAGAGAGUCACAGAAGGUCUCCCACGUGUGAGACAGAAAGGCCGUGCGAAGGAGGGAGGGGUGGGUCUCUGUCUGUGCAUCCGCAGUCGUGAAGGGUGUGAGGUCUCCUUGAAGUGUUGUGAGCUUCUCCACUCUCUUUGUGUUGCUUGUUGUGCAAUGUUUCCAAGUUGCAUGCCUGUCAACAUGGGGACCGACCCGGCUUCCACGUCCACCAUCGCUGCAGAGCCCGGCUGAACGCACGUCACCUGCCAAGAGUUUGCGGCCAGAAUCCAGAAUCCAACUAGGGCUUCGAUCUUUUGAGCAAAACUGUUUACACGAAAAACGGUAGACAACUUCUUCGAUAUUUAUGUGGUUCUUGUGUUUUUCUAUCCCGCGCUAUUGUGUCUUAAUUAAAAAUCUUAUCCACUGGCUUUUAAGUUGAGAGGAGAACCGUUUCGAAGUAAAAAGCCAAUUUGCCUACACGCGAGACCCAAACAGUGGGGAAGGAAAUGGGAUCUGCUACCAAACGGAUAACAGUGACUGACCUGAGUGAGAGAACCAGGCUGGGUUUUCUGAGGAAGAAAAGCGGUGAGCCUGAUGUUAAGCGUUCGCAUAUUGGAAUUCUCCUGCCACUCGUUAAAGUAAUGGGGCAACCGUGCUACGUUCUGUGUCCGACUCCGUGUGUAAAAUGUUGGUGCUUCUGUGUAAUACUGACCCCGAGGAAAGACAAUCAGAUACAACGAGGGCGAUUAAAUCUAGGAGUCCGGGGGUUGGGGGUUUUGUUGAUGUUCUGAUUUGGGUUGAUUCCAAAAUUCCUACUAUUAAUCGUUUGACGGGAAUGGCCAUCCUAAAGCUGAUACUAAAUGUCUUAAAAAACAAAACAAAACAAAAAGGUGUUUGAUCAAGAACUGAUUCUAUGCUGAUUCUCUUCCCUCUCUCCUCCCCUUCCUGCGUUGUUGAUUUAUUUGGGAGAGGGGGGUGGGGCUUGUGCAGGUUUGAGUUCUCUGAAGACAUAAACACAAAUGGAAAUACCAGCCAUAUCAGUAUAGAGCCUCCCAUGCAGAAGUGAAUACCUUCCGUAGCUGAACCAUAUCCGAGCAGUGCGAUUGUGUUGUCUUGCCUAUGUUAUUCUCUCAGGCUGUGGACCUUUGUUACAGCUCUAGGAAACUGUAGAGACAUGAUGCCAUGUAGCUUCCCGCCCCCCCCCCGCCCCCCCCCCUCCGCCUUUGGUCUCUAGUGCUGCCUAUCAACUUGUUCCCUGAUUUCCCCAGUAACCUGUCCCACAGGUGGUUAGUUAGCUGUGGACCAGCUGAUAGUCGCGGUGCGGUCGCAGAGAGGUAAACGUGUGGCAGUCUGCUUCAUUGCUCUGUACUCAUGCCCCGAAGUUCUCAGCAGCACUACCUUAGACUUCAUCGGCUAAUGGGAAACUUUUUAUGGUGUAAAUGCUGUAAGACUUUGUACAUACUUCAGUUGUUAUGAAAUCUUUAAGAAACAAAAAAAAAAAGUUACGCUAAUAAAUAGCUCUGGUGCAGGCACUAA